GACAUAGGCACGUGUAUCUCGGUAUUUUGUCUUGAACCGAGAGCGAGUUCGGAUCAGUCGAAUCGUCAGUUAUACAUUCAGGUGAAAACGUGCUAACACGUGUAUAGUUUUUACUCGCAUAGAAGUGUAGUUCCAUUAAGCUGAUUAUUUAAGAUAUUUUAAAGUUUUGAUCUAAGCAAGUUCAAUAUCAACAUGACGCCAAAUUUAUUUGGUAAUACAGCAACACUUUAUUUAGAAGCUUCACAACAAGGAAUUCCUCAAGAAAAGUCUGUAAAUGUAUCCAAAUCUUAUGAUUCAAAAAACAAAUUACAUAGCAAAUACACUUGGAAUAUCGUAUGGAGAAACGUUAUUGCUUUUAUUUACUUACAUUUAGGAGCUGUGUAUGGGAUUUAUUUAUUUUUUACAGCAGCAAAAUUGCUCACUGUUCUUUGGUCGGUACUUAUUGCGAUGGUAGCUGCUCUGGGCAUCACAGCCGGAGCACAUAGAUUAUGGGCCCAUAGAUCUUACAAAGCAAAAUGGCCGAUGCGAUUGAUGCUUAUGAUUUUCCAGACCAUAGCGUUUCAGAAUCAUCUUUUCGAAUGGGUUAGGGAUCAUCGAGUGCAUCACAAAUUUACAGAUACGGAUGCUGAUCCUCAUAAUGCACAAAGAGGUUUCUUUUUUUCGCACAUGGGUUGGCUACUUGUGCGGAAGCAUCCUGAUGUUAUUGAAAAAGGAGCGACUGUGGAUAUGAGCGAUCUUGAAGCGGACCCAAUUGUUAUUUGGCAAAGGAGGCUUUAUAUCAUUUUAAUGCCAAUCUUUUGCUUCCUACUGCCUGCUUGGAUACCCUGCUACUUCUGGGGUGAGAAUGCCAUGUUUUCAUGGUAUGCAACAAUUUGCAGAUAUACAAUGUCAUUAAAUUUAACGUGGUUAGUGAAUUCUGCAGCACAUAUUUGGGGAAUGAGACCCUACGAUAAAACGUUCAGUGCGACGGACAAUAUUCGUGUGGCUAUGGGUGCAUUUGGCGAAGGUUGGCAUAAUUAUCAUCAUGUUUUCCCCUGGGAUUACAAAGCAGCAGAAUUGGGCGAUUAUCGUGCAAACUUCACUACGGCAUUCAUUGAUUUAUUUGCUCGUAUUGGAUGGGCUUACGAUCUUAAAACUGUACAUGUUAAUCUGAUAGAAAAACGGGCAGCCAGGACCGGUGAUGGUACACGUAUUAAACCAAAUUCAGAAGAACAUUAUCAUGAAGAAACGAUCUGGGGUUGGGGUGACAAGGACAUGCAUCAAGAAGACAUCGACGGUGCUCAGAUCUUUAAUAAGUCUGAUUGAACUUUUAUUGUUGAU